UGUCCGCUGCAGCGAUUAGUUUUCUGUCACGACGUCAGAGCAAAAAACAAGAAAGUCACAGCGACAAAACAAAAAUCGAUCAGAGUUUUGAGUAAAUGUAUUUAGAAGGUGUUGCUGGUAAAAUAAAGCAGGAAUGACGACGCAGAGAUUAAGGCUGCUGUGUAGAUAAGGAACCAAUGUUCAGUCGUGGUCAUCUCCACUUGCUAUGAACCCCACCACCUCCUCCGAUCACCGUGAUGGUGACCCCACAGACGACUGGCACUUCGUCUCCGAUGAAUCAACUGAUCCCCCGAUCAAAGAGGAGUGCAGGGAGGAUCGACCGGCAGACCAAAAAGGCAAACUGAAAUCCAAACUGGCGUCAGUGUGGAGCAGUGCCAGAUAUGUUUUUUCCCUGAAGCCAAAAGCAAAAUUCAGCAAGAGCUCUGCUGUCUACAUGCUSGGAAAGUCCUACAAUCUCAGGGAUGAAAGGGACAAAGAGCAAUUUCGUCGCUCCUUUGCGUCUCUCCUGUGGUUAACAUACAGACGAGGCUUCUCUCCGCUGCCUGGCUCUUCUCUGACCACUGACAGCGGAUGGGGUUGUGUUCUGCGCACAGGACAGAUGCUGCUGGCACGAGGCCUGCUCCUGCACAUGAUGCCACCAGGUUGGACUUGGUCUGUGAGCUACUGCGCGGUCAAAGAUGACUUGGACCUGCUUCGAUCUUCGGAUAGCUUGGAGCAUUCAUGGGCCGUACGCACAAGAGGCCGAAAUCGGAGCCUGGGUUCUCUUCUGGACAGACCCAUGGAGGCUACGCACAGAAGGAUAGUGUCCUGGUUCGCAGAUCACCCCAACGCCUCGUUUGGGAUACACCGGCUCGUGGAGUUGGGUAAAAGCUCAGGGAAGAAGGCCGGGGACUGGUACGGUCCGUCCACCGUGUCACAUAUCCUCCGAAAAGCUGUUGCAGCUUCAGCUGAUCUUCCCAGUCUAGUUGUGUACAUCGCUCAAGACUGCACCAUCUACCUGCAGGAUGUGAGGAAGCUGUGUGAACGGCCCCACCCUCACUGCUGGAAAUCUGUCAUCAUCCUGGUUCCUGUGCGACUCGGAGGGCAGGAGCUCAAUCCGUCCUACAUCACUUGUGUCAAAAAUCUGUUGAAGCUGGAAUCCUGCAUCGGAAUUAUUGGUGGCAAACCAAAGCACUCGUUGUUCUUCGUUGGCUUCCAGGAUGACCACUUGCUGUACUUGGAUCCUCACUACUGUCAGCCCACAGUAGAUACAAAAAACAAGAACUUUCCCUUAGAGUCAUUUCACUGUAAACAUCCCAGGAAGAUGUCUUUCUCUCGCAUGGACCCCAGCUGUACCAUUGGUUUUUAUGCCAAAGGACAAACAGAGUUUCAAUCCCUCCGUGCUGCUGUUAAUGAGACCGUCUCCACGUCCUCAGGGAUGUAUCCCAUGUUCAUUUUUGCUGAGGGAGAAAGGCGAGAGGUGGAGGAGGAUAGCAUGGCAUCUCCAUACAGCGUCUUUUCCAUACAGAGAGACGACAAACUGAGAAGUGAAGACACCAACAGUAUAGAUGACUUUGUUCUGCUGUAAACAGAAACAAAAGGACCAGAUAAUUUUUAUUUUAUGUGACGAUAGUGGAGCAACUCUAAAUGAUGGGAACAAACUUGUUUUUCAUUAGCCUCUGAAUACAACCACUGCAAGACUGUUCUGUAAAAUAAACUGGGUUGGAUUUCAGUCCAAGUUUUCCUGUAUUUUUUUUAUUGUUGUUUUUGUAUUUAUUGUUUCAGCUGAAGAACAGUUACUGUAUUUCUGCUCAAAUGAAGAACCUUCAGAAGUGAAAAAGCUUUGAUUUGUUUGGUUUAAAAAACCAAAUCCAUCAUAUCAUUUAAACUGUAAAUCAGUCAUGUAUAAAUAAGCUGACACUUUAUGAACAAACCUGUUUCAUGUAGCAUAAUGAGGAUAUGCUGCGCUUUAUGUGGACUGUUGCAAAAUGUAAAUUCUCUUGAAAUAAAAAUGACAUUUUUUUAGAAA